AUGGCGCCUCUACCCAUCAAGUUCCAGGAGCUGGUGCAGCUCAGCAGCCUGGGCGUGGACACGCAAUCCAUUGGCUUCAACUCCUGCACACUAGAGUCAGACUCGUUUGUUUGCAUUCGGGAAAAGAAAAACGAAGCCGCCCAGCCCGAAGUUGUCAUUGUUGAGCUCAAGAAUGGCAACCACGUCACGCGCAGGCCUAUCAAGGCCGACAGUGCUGUCAUGCACUGGAACAAACAAAUUAUUGCCCUCAAGGCCCAGUCCAGGACCCUCCAGAUCUUCGACCUCGAGCAGAAGAAGAAGCUCAAGUCCUGCACAAUGAACGAGGAUGUCCAGUUCUGGAAGUGGAUCAGCGAGUCCACUCUGGGCCUCAUCACAACUGGCAGUGUCUACCACUGGGACGUCUACGACGCUUCUCAGGAUGCGCCUGUCAAGGUCUUUGAGCGCAAUGCCAACCUCAACGGCUGCCAAAUCAUCAACUACCGAGUUAACAGCGACGGAAAGUGGAUGGUUGUGGUCGGCAUCUCGUCUCAGCAGGGCCGUGUGGUUGGCGCCAUGCAGCUGUACUCCAAGGACCGAGGCAUCAGCCAGGCCAUUGAGGGUCAUGCUGCUGGCUUCGGCACUUUGAGACUGGAUGGUGCUCCCCAGGACACCAAGAUCUUCAGUUUCGCUGUGCGAACCGCCACUGGUGCCAAGCUGCACAUUGUCGAGGUCGACCACCCAGAUUCGAACCCAGUCUUCCAGAAGAAGGCUGUCGAUAUCUUCUUCCCGCCCGAGGCAACCAAUGACUUCCCCGUCGCCCUGCAAGUCUCGCAAAAGUAUGGCGUCAUCUUCAUGGUGACCAAGUACGGCUUCAUCCACUUGUACGACCUCGAAACGGGCUCGUCCAUCUUCAUCAACCGCAUUUCCAGCGAAACCAUCUUCACGAGCUGCGCUGACGAUGACUCCUCGGGUCUUGUGGGUAUCAACCGCAAGGGCCAGGUCCUCUUCGUCACCAUCGAUGAUUCAACAAUCAUCCCCUACCUGCUUGAGAAUCCCGCUAACACAGAGAUUGCCAUCAAGCUGGCGUCAAGGGCUGGCCUCCCCGGUGCCGAUAAUCUCUACGCAAAGCAGUUUGACCAGCUUUUCAACAGCGGAAACUACCUCGAAGCUGCCAAGGUCGCGGCCGGCUCCCCUCGUGGCUUUCUACGUACGACCGAGACGAUCGAGAAGUUUAAGCGACUGCCUUCCCAGCCUGGUCAGAUGGCUGUUACACUGCAGUACUUCGGAAUGCUGCUCGACAAGGGUGCCUUGAACCGAUAUGAAACUCUUGAGCUCGCUCAGCCUGUCCUGCAGCAGAACCGAAAGCACCUUUUGGAGAAAUGGUUCAAGGAGGGCAAGCUGGACUGCUCCGAGUCGCUCGGUGACAUGGUGCGCCCGUACGACGUCAACCUGGCGCUGAGCAUCUACCUCCAGGCCAACGUCCCCAACAAGGUUAUUGCUGGAUUUGCCGAGACUGGCCAGUUCGAAAAGAUUCUGCCAUAUGCCGCUCAAACUGGGCAUCAGCCCGACUACAUCCAGCUUCUCCAGCACAUCAUUCGUACCAACCCCGACAAAGGAACUGAGUUUGCCACUGCUCUCGCCAACAAUGAGCAGGGCCCUCUGAUUGAUCUGGAGCGCGUUUGCGACAUUUUCCAGUCCCAGGGUAUGGUCCAGCAGGCCACUGCCUUCUUGCUUGACGCCCUUAAAGAGAACAAGCCAGAGCAUGCCCGUCUCCAGACUCGACUGCUGGAGAUGAACCUGAUGCACGCCCCUCAAGUUGCCGAGGCCAUUCUCGGUAACGACAUGUUCACGCACUUCGACAAGGCCCGCAUUGCUCAGCUGUGCGAGCAGGCUGGCCUGGCUCAGAAGGCGUUGGAGCUGUACGAAGACCCCGAGUCUGUGAAGCGCGUCAUCGUAAACAUCCCUGGCGCUGCCAACUUCAACCCCGAGUGGCUGUCCACUUUCUUCGGUAAGCUGUCAGUCGAGCAGUCCCUUGACUGUCUUGACGCUAUGAUGAAGCACAACAUUCGCCAAAACUUGCAGUCGGUUGUGAACAUUGCCACCAAGUACUCAGAGCUUCUCGGAGCUGUUCGCUUGAUCGAUCUCUUCGAGAAGUACAAGACCUUUGAGGGCCUUUUCUACUACCUCGGCAGCAUUGUCAACCUAUCCGAGGAUCCUGAUGUGCACUUCAAGUACAUCGAAGCUGCUACCAAGAUGGGCCAGUUUAACGAAGUUGAGCGCAUCUGCCGUGACAGCACCCACUACAACCCUGAAAAGGUGAAGAACUUUUUGAAGGAAGCUAAGCUGCCUGAGCAGCUGCCUCUCAUCAUCGUUUGCGAUCGCUUCAACUUUGUACAUGACUUGAUCCUGUUCCUCUAUCAGAACCAGCAGUUCCAGGCCAUCGAAGCCUAUGUUCAGCGUGUCAACCCAUCGCGAACCCCAGCCGUCAUUGGUGGUCUGCUCGAUGUUGACUGCGAAGAGAGCAUCAUCAAGCAGCUCCUCACGACCGUUGAUGCUCAACAGAUCAACAUUGAUCAGCUUGUUUCUGAGGUCGAGACCCGAAACCGCUUGAAGCUUCUGCUGCCCUUCCUCGAGGCCACUCUCCAGGCUGGUAACCAGCAGCAAGCUGUCUACAAUGCUCUGGCCAAGAUCUACAUCGACUCCAACAACAACCCUGAGAAGUUCCUCAAGGAGAAUGAUCAAUAUGACACCCUUGUUGUCGGUAAAUACUGUGAGAAGCGCGAUCCUAACUUGGCGUACAUUGCCUACUCCAAGGGUCAGAAUGACCUGGAGCUUGUCAACAUCACCAACGAAAACUCCAUGUACAGGGCCCAGGCUCGAUACCUUUUGGAGCGAGAAGACACUGAGCUGUGGCGCUUUGUCCUCAGCGAGAACAACAUCCACAGACGAUCUGUUGUUGACCAGGUCACUGCAACUGCUGUCCCCGAGUCCACCGACCCGGCCAAGGUCUCUGUUGCCGUUUCUUGCUUUUUGGAGAAUGACCUGCCUCUGGAACUUAUUGAGCUCUUGGAAAAGAUUGUUCUCGAGCCUUCUCCUUUCAGCGAUAACCAGAACCUGCAAAACCUGCUCAUGUUCACCGCUGCCAAGGCGGACAAGGCCCGUGUCAUGGAUUAUAUCCACAAGCUGAACGAGUACAACGCUGAUGAAAUCGCUUCCGCCUGUAUCGACGUCGGUCUCUUUGAGGAAGCCUUUGAGAUUUACAAGAAGGCUGACAACAAGUCUGCUGCUGUCAACGUUCUCGUCGAGCAUGUUGUCAGCAUUGACCGAGCCCAGGCAUACGCUGAGGAGGUUGACCUUCCCGAGGUUUGGAGCAAGGUUGCCAAGGCUCAGCUGGAUGGUCUCCGCAUCUCUGAUGGUAUCGAUUCAUACAUUAAGGCUGAAGAUCCUUCCAACUAUGCCGAGGUGAUUGAGAUUGCCACUCAUGCUGGAAAGAACGAGGACCUUGUCAAGUAUCUCCGCAUGGCCCGCAAGACCCUUCGCGAACCUGUCAUCGACACUGCCCUCGCCUUUUGCUAUGCUAGACUUGAGCAGCUCUCGGAGUUGGAAGACUUCCUGCGUGCUACUAACGUGGCUAACAUUGAAGAGUCUGGUGACAAGGCUUACGAAGAGGGACUGUACGAGGCAUCCAAGAUCUUCUACAGCAGCAUCUCCAACUGGGCCAAAUUGGCCACCACCCUUGUGCAUCUCAAUGACUACCAAGCGGCCGUUGAGUGUGCUCGCAAGGCAAACAAUAUCAAGGUGUGGAAGCAGGUUCACGAAGCCUGUGUUGAUAAGAAAGAGUUCAGACUUGCUCAAAUUUGCGGUCUCAAUUUGAUCGUCGAUGCUGAGCAACUGCAAGAACUGGUCAAAGACUAUGAGCGCAAUGGAUACUUUGAUGAGCUCAUCAGCCUGCUUGAGCAGGGUCUGGGUCUCGAGCGCGCUCACAUGGGCAUGUUCACCGAGCUGGGUAUCGCCUUGUCCAAGUAUCAUCCCGAGCGUCUUAUGGAGCACAUCAAGAUCUUCUGGUCCAGAGUCAACAUGCCCAAGAUGAUCCGCGCCUGCGAGGAGGCGAAUCUGUGGCCUGAAUUAGUCUUCUGCUACUACCACUAUGACGAGUUCGAUAACGCCGCACUGACUGUCAUCGAGCGACCCGAGAACUCGUGGGAUCACCAGCAGUUCAAGGAGAUUGUGGUCAAGGUUGCCAACUUGGAGAUCUACUACCGUGCCAUCAAGUUCUACGUUGAGCAGCACCCAUCACUACUCACUGACUUGCUAGCUGCUCUCACAACUCGUGUCGAUGUCAACCGUGUUGUCAAGAUGUUCCAGAAGAACGACAGUCUGCCGCUUAUCAAGCCCUUCCUCCUGAACGUCCAGACUCAGAACAAGCGCAUUGUUAACGAGGCAGUCAACGAUCUGUUGAUUGAAGAAGAGGACUACAAGACCCUGCGUGACUCCGUGCAGAACUAUGACAACUACGAUGCCAUGGAGCUGGCCGGUCGUCUGGAGAAGCACGAUCUGAUAUUCUUCCGCCAAAUUGCCGCCAGCAUCUACCGCAAGAACAAGCGCUGGGAGAAGUCGAUUGCCCUUUCGAAGCAAGACAAGCUUUACAAGGAUGCUAUCGAAACAGCCGCCAUUUCCGCCAAGAACGACAUUGUCAACGAUCUUCUUAGAUACUUUGUUGAUAUUGGCCACCGUGAAUGCUACACAGGCAUGCUGUAUGCCUGCAAUGAUCUCAUCCGACCUGAUCUUGUCCUGGAGCUCUCUUGGCGCAAUGGCCUCAACGACUUCACCAUGCCGUAUAUGAUCAACAUGCUCUCCCAGCAGACCAAGGAGCUCGCACUUCUCAAGGCCGAUAACGAGUCACGCAAGUCUAAGGAGAAGGAGCAAGAGAAGACUGAGGAUAACACACCUAUUCUGGGCGGUGCUAGACUCAUGAUCACCGCUGGCCCUGGCGGAAAUGCUGCUCCAGCUCCAUACGGUCAAGCUAACGGCUUUGCGCCCCAACCCACUGGUUUCGCGCCCCAGCCCACUGGCUAUAACUACUAG